AUGGUUUCCUCAUCACUUCGGAUUAGCGCUGGUUCGCUUUUCCUGCUGAGUCUGGCCUCGUCUGUGACUGCCAGCUCAAGCUAUUCGCUGGUCGAGAAUUGGCAUGGUGACAAAUUUCUGGAUUUUUUCAACUUUCACGUCGGUGAAGAUCCGACCAACGGGUUCGUCAACUACGUCGACCAGAGCAGUGCUGAGAGCUCAGGGCUGGUAAAGGUGCUGGACUCGGGUGGUGUUUAUAUCGGUGUCGACCACAAGAAGACGAUUUCGACAAGCUCUCAGGGUCGUGACUCGGUGCGCAUCGGCAGCAAGAAGUACUACGAUGAGUCUCUGGUGAUCGCCGAUCUGGCCCAUAUGCCAGGCAGCGUUUGUGGUUCAUGGCCUGCCUUCUGGUCUGUUGGCAAGAACUGGCCUGCCGACGGUGAGAUUGAUAUCAUUGAAGGUGUUAACCUCCAGGACCACAACGAGAUCGUCAUGCACACUGCUGGUACAUGCAGUAUCACCGACACUGGAAUGACUGGUAGUGUCAACGCCACGGGAUGCGGUGAGGACCUCGGUACAGUCGGCUGUGUCAUUGAGGGUCAAGAAGGAAGCUAUGGUACCUCGUUCAACAAGCAGGGUGGUGGUGUCUAUGCGAUGGAAUGGACCGACAAGCACGUCAAGAUCUGGUUCUUCCCUCGCUCCAAGAUCCCCGCCUCUAUCACUAGUGGCAGCCCCGAUGUCACCCAAUUCGGUACCCCGAUGGCCCUGGUUCAGGAUGGCUGCGACGUCGCCAACAGCUUCAAGGAACAAUCUUUCGUCUUCGAUGUUACCUUCUGCGGUGACUGGGCUGGUGGUGUUUACGGCCAGUCCGGCUGCCCCAUGUCUGGCUCCGACUCCUCUACGAGCUGCCGCAACUACGUCGCUAACCACCCAGCUGCCUUUACGGAAACCUACUGGGAGAUCAACUCUGUCAAGAUUUACCAGACAGGUGUCAAGCGUAUCGCGGAGACCACUACUGCCAACACUGUCGCGACCCAGGCUACUGCUACUCACGCCUCUGUCGCUCAGGAGACCACUACCAAGACUUCCAUCACCGAUCACACCGUCACCAAGGCCGAUUCUGCGGCUUCCUCUACCUCGCAAGCCGAGGCCGAGUCUGCUGCUGUUAAGACUUCAUCCACCGAGGGAACUCACGCUGCCGAUUCUGCUGCCACUUCGGAGGCUGUUGGUAUCAUCGGUGAACUGAGCCCCACUUCCACUGCUGUGGCGGCUACCACUACAGCAAACGCCGCUACACAGGCCGUUGUUGAGUCCGCAUCAAAUGAGUCAAGCUCCAAGGUCAAGACCACCCGCAUCGUAACCGAAUUUGUUACCGCUACCACCACUCUCUGCCCUGCUGCCGAGAGCUCGUCUAUCGCCGCCGUUCCUGCCAACCAUGAAACCGCUGCAUCCUCAUCGGUCGUUGUUGAGACUCCUAAUGUUGUUAAAUCUUCCAACUCGGCCCCGAUUGCCGAGUCGGUUCCUACCCAGGCUGCGGAAGCCUCACAGCCUACCAAUUCCGCCGGGACCCAACAGGCGAAUGCUGCUACUACCCACGCUGCGCAGUCCCCAGCCCCGACGACUCCCAUCGGUGCCGAUGCAGUCUCCAACACAUCUGCUGAGCAAGGAUCCUCGUCCACCCAGCGUCCUCUGCCAACCAUCAUCCCCGCCCCUGGUGUGAACCCCGACUCUGCGAGUGCCAUUGCCAACCAGCCUCAAACGUCGAAGGCUCUGAUCCCCACCGCAACCGAUGCUUCUGUCCCCUCGGGCAGCACGUUCCCAGGUACUCCCAGCAGUUCUGGAAACUUUGCUCUCUUCACUAGCGGAGCAGACAAGCUGUCGACUGGAUUCUCAGUCUUUGCCGUUGCCCUUGGCUUCGCCAUGGCAGUAUGA